AUGUCUGGACUUACGAUCCCGCUUCUCUUGUCUUUCCUCCUGCCCCUUCCUGCCCGCACCUUGCCCCAGCCUGCAGCACCCUCUCCUUCCCUCAACUCGACGACCCUUUCCACCAUCAAGCAAGAGUGUGUGAAAACCCAGGAAGGACUUACAUACUUUCCCCUCCCUGAAAGCGACUGUCAGCGCGAGAUUCAAUGGCUCCGCACGCAUCCUAAGAACAUCGACAUCAGCCCCAGCAAUCUCCCUCUCCGCAUCAACAACGCUCCGGAAUCCGCCUGCGCAAUAUAUAUCUUUGCGGACGAUCCUACCGCUUCCGGCAGUACUACAACUCAAGAACUUGCGAAAGAAUUGGAUGACAUAAUGACUGCCUGCCAUCAAUCGGCGUUAGGAGGCCAGAACCCUCUACUCGGAACACAAAAUCUCGGUGUUAAGGUGGGUAAUUCUCGGAAUAUCUUGCAGGAUGGGGAAGACGUUGCGGGUCAGGAGAGCGUGAAUCAGCAAGUUGGUGCACUUAGUGGACCUACGACGCCGAAUUAUAAGAGGGAGGCCGGAGGAAUGGGGGUGAUACGGCCACCUCCACCUAAACCUCCCGGCAGGGCGUCUCCGACGGGUGUUGCAAGGCCAGUGGGGAAUGGUGCGCCGGCAGAUGGGAAUGAGCAGGUUGGCGCGUUGAGCGGGCCUACUUUGCCGGAUUAUAAGGAAUGA